AAUGAAUUCGCCGUAGGUUUAAUAUCGUAUACUUGGAAAUUCAUAAUUUAUUUCGUAUUAUUAAAAAUUCUUUGAACAUUGCAUAUGCAUAUAAAAGUAAUAGGUUGUGCUUUAUAAAAAUGGCUCAUAAUUUUCAAUCAACUACGCCGAAUCAACAAUUCUUAUGGGAUGUGUUUCAAAGAGUCGACAAAGAUCGCAGCGGUCAUAUAUCUGCGGAUGAACUGCAAGUAGCACUUUCUAAUGGAACGUGGAGCCCAUUUAACCCAGAGACGGUGCGCUUAAUGAUUGGCAUGUUUGAUCGGGAAAAUCGGGGAACAGUUUCAUUCCAUGAUUUUGGAGCACUUUGGAAAUACGUAUCCGACUGGCAGAACUGCUUUCGGUCAUUUGAUCGUGAUAAUUCGGGUAAUAUAGACAAAGAAGAAUUAAAAACUGCCUUGUCUGCCUUUGGAUAUCGCUUAUCGGACGGCCUUAUAAACAUUCUAAUACGGAAGUUCGACAGAUUCGGUAGAGGAACCAUUCUCUUUGAUGAUUUCAUUCAAUGCUGCAUAGUUUUAUACACUCUAACAGCGUCAUUCAGACAGCAUGACACGGAUAUGGAUGGUAUUAUUACAAUUCACUAUGAAGAAUUUCUUAGUAUGGUAUUUUCAUUAAAAAUAUGAAUGACGGAUUUAA